UACUUAUCUCCAAGCUUAAUUCUUUCCCGUCCAUUCAAACCCCAAUUUCAAAGAAAAACCCCGGCACUACAAAAAAUGCAGAUGCCCGCGCCGAUUCGAGCUCCGACGUUUCUCUCCCGGCGGCGGCUUUUCGAGCAAAAACUGUCGGACCUCCACAAGUGCACCGAUUUGAACCAGCUGAAGCAACUCCACGCGCUCAUAUACAAAUCAAAUCUCCACAACCACCCCUUCGUUGCCCCCAAGCUCGUCUCCGCGUUGUCGUUGUGCCGUCAAAUGGCGCUAGCCGUCAAUGUAUUCGAUCAGGUCGAGGAACCCAAUUCUCACCUGUGGAACACUCUGAUUAAGGCCUACGUUCAGAACUCUCGGCCCGAUAAGGCUUUUGAGGUUUUCUGUGAAAUGCGGUGUUCGGGGGUUUCGCCGGAUAACUACACGUAUUUAUUUCUUCUGAAGGCUUGUUCGGGGUUGAAAUCGAUUAAAAUGAUUCACGCCCAUGUCGAAAAAUGCAAUUUUUACUCGGAUUUGUUCGUGCCCAAUUCGCUGAUCGAUGCCUACUCCAAGUGUGGGCUGACGGGUCUUGAGGAAUCGAAGACGCUGUUCGGUGUGAUGUCGGAGAGGGACCUGGUCACUUACAAUUCGAUGAUCAGCGGACUGGUGAAAGCGGGCGAGUUGAAGGAGGCGAGGAAGCUGUUCGACGAAAUGCCCGAGAGAGAUAGGGUGAGCUGGAACGCCAUUCUGGAUGGGUACGUCAAGGCAGGAGAGAUGCGCACUGCGUACCAGAUAUUCGAGAAGAUGCCGUCUAGAGAUGUCGUGUCGUGGUCGACGGUUAUCUCGGGUUAUGCCAAAGCAGGCGACAUUGAUAUGGCUAAGGUGCUGUUCGAUAGUAUGCCGGCCAAGAAUUUGGUGACGUGGACGAUAAUGAUAUCGAGUUACGCGGAAAAGGGGAACGGAAAGGAAGCCGUUGGACUCUACCAUCGAAUGGAGGGUGAAAAAUUGAGGCCAGACGACACGAGUUUCGUCAGCAUUCUAUCGGCUAGUGCAGAGUCUGGUUUGCUAGGGUUAGGCAAGAAAGUCCACCAAUCCAUAACGAAAACUAGUUACAAAUGCAGUACGUUGGUCAACAACGCAUUGGUCGACAUGUACUGCAAGUGCGGCAGCUUAAACCGGGCAUGGAGUAUAUUCAACUCCAUCGAAAGAAAAGAUUUAAUCUCGUGGAAUGCGAUGAUCCAUGGCUUAGCCAUGCACGGUCACGGUAAAAACGCCCUUCAGCUCUUCGAUAGGAUGAAACGAGAGGGAUUUGAACCCGAUAAAGUGACUUUCGUCGCUGUUCUUUCCGCUUGCAGUCAUUCCGGUUUGGUCAAGGAUGGGAUCCACCAUUUCUACAGCAUGGAGAGUGAUUACGAAAUCGCCCCUGAAAUCGAGCACUACGGUUGCAUGAUUGACCUUUUGGGGCGCGGGGGUUGCCUAAACGAAGCAUUCGGUCUUCUGCACAGCAUGCCGUUCGAGCCGAAUGUCGUGAUUUGGAGCUCUCUUUUAGGGGCUUGUCGAAUGCAUAAUGCGGUGGAAUUAGCAAACGAGGUUCUUGAUCAGUUGGUUAAAUUGGAUCCGGAAAACGCGCGGAAUUACAGUAUGAUGUCGAAUAUACAUGCUAAUGCGGGAGAUUGGGGGAGUGUUGCUAGUGUGAGAUCGAGGAUGAAAGAGACAGGUGGCGAAAGGGCUAAUAAGGGAGUUAGUUCGAUAGAGCUGCAUGACGAGUUUCAUGAGUUUACGGUUAUGGAUACUACCCACCCCAAAUCGGACAGCAUAUACGAGACAGUCGAUGGGCUGAGUCAGCAUCUUAGGAAAAUUGCUUGUGUUCCAAAUGUUGUUGUUUAGAAGACAUCUCUGCAGUCAGGCAUGAAUGAAUCAUGUUCAUUUUUCUUAUAAGGUUAUAAUUUUGAUAAGUUUUACAAAUGCUAAACAAA